AUGGGUGGCGGUGGUGAAAAAAUGCCUGGGAAUUACAUAGGAUGGUGGGGAUCAUUCGGCUCCCCUCCCCAGAAGGGCGUAACAACCUACACCCUCUCCGCCAACCGUCAGCGCCCCCUCAAGGGAGCCGCCCACGCCGCCGUCUUCAACAGCUGGCGCCGCUUCCGCUCACAGGCCCUAUACGUUGCCCCGCCCUUCGUUGUCGCCUACCUCCUCAUGGACUGGGCUGAGAAGAGGAACCACUUCCUCAACAGCAAGGAAGGCCGUGCGCUCUACGCCGAGUCCGAGGCCGCAGAGUAA